CCAUAUAAUUAAUCAAAUGGCUAUGUAACUUAGUGCUUCUCAACCUGUUGUGUUAACCAGCAUAUCUUAGUAGCGGACAAAUGAGCAUGGGAGGCCGGAACAGGCAAAUGAGUUUAGAAAGAAGAAUGGGGAGCAACAAGUUUUUGGAAAGGAGAUGCUUCUUCCAAAUGCCUCACCGCCUCUUUCUCACAUCACACUUACCAGUCAAAUUCCCUCCUACCAGUAAACCUCGCAUGCUUCUCCCCUAAGUCAUCCUCCUCCUUUCCCCCUGUAAAACACACUACCUCUCAAUCUCAUUCCAAAAAUACCACCUAUCAUGUCUGUCCAUAUCAUAGUGUUCCCAUGUUUUGGCCAAGGCCAUCUCCUCCCUUGCUUUGAGCUCUGCAAACACCUCGCCUCCCGCACCUUCAACACUACCCUCAUCAUCUCCUCCAAUCUCUCCUCCUCCAUCCCCUCCGAUCUCCGCCGUAUUCCUCUCAUCCACAUCUUUGAGAUCUCAUCCUCAUUUCCUCCUCCUCCUCCGCCAUCGUCGCCCUCCCCGGAUUCCGAUCCCAUGAGCCACCAUCAUCGCCACCAGCAUCAGAUGGGUACGGCCAUCGAAUCCCUCCUCUCUUCCAGAUCCACAUCCCCAGACUACGUCCCACCCCUCUGUGCCAUAAUCGAUGUGAUGAUGAGCUGGAGCAAAGGUAUUUUUCAUAAGUUUAACAUCCCACUCGUUUCUUUCUUCACCUCCGGUGCCUGCUCCGCCGCCAUGGAGUACGCCUCCUGGAAAGCCGGCGCCUUCAACAUCAAGCCCGGCGAAGUCCUACCCCUUCCCGGCCUACCCGAAGACAUGGCCUUGACUUACUCCGACCUUCAACGCGGCCCUCACGGUCCUCCUGGCGGCCCACCUGGACCCCCCGGUUCAGGUCGCCCACCUGGACCACCCGAUGCAAGAGGUCCACCACGGUCGGGUCCCAAGUUCGGGGGGCCACCCAAACCAGGGCACCAGCCACCGUGGGUCGUCGAGGCAGCGGGCUCGAUCGCGCUUAUGAUCAACACGUGUGACGACCUGGAGCGUCCGUUCAUCGAGUACGUGGCCUACGAAACCGGAAUCCCGGUCUGGGGUGUGGGCCCGCUUUUGCCAGAUCAGUACUGGAACUCAUCCGGUUCGCUCCUCCACGAUCGAGACAUCCGACCCAACAGGAAAUCCAGCUGCACUGAGGAGGAGGUGAUCCAGUGGCUAGACUCCAAGCCCCGUGGAUCCGUCCUCUACGUGUCAUUCGGAAGCGAGGUAGGUCCUACCAUGGAGGGCUACGCCCAACUGGCGCUUGCAUUAGAAGCCUCGAACCGGGCAUUCAUCUGGGUGAUCCAACCCGGUUCAGGCCGGCCAGGUCCACCUCGACCACCGGGUUCAGACUCAAACGAAGACAGCGGAUACUACCCACAUGGAUUGGAGGAGAAAGUAGGGAAAAGAGGUCUGAUAAUACGUGGGUGGGCACCACAACUGUUGAUACUGAGUCACCCAUCGACAGGUGGAUUUCUCUCACACUGUGGAUGGAACUCCACUGUGGAGGCAACAGGGCGUGGAGUGCCCUUUUUGGCUUGGCCAAUCCGUGGAGACCAGUACUACGAUGCGAUGCUAGUGGUGAAACAUCUCAAAAUUGGGUACAUGGUGUUUGCUAAAGAUGCUUCUGAAACCAUCGUAAAAGAGGCCAUAGUUGACGGAAUAGAGAAGGUGAUGAGUGAUAAAGACAUGAAGAAAAGGGCGGAGAUGAUAAGUGGUAAGUUUGGGAAUGAGUUUCCGGCGACUUCGGCUGCUGCUUUGGAUGCUUUUAGGGAUUUUAUCAACCAAAGGGCUCCAUAAGCACUUAUAAUUAAUGUAUCAUCCAUCCAUACACUUUUUUUUUUUUUUUUAAAUGUAUUUACAUAUCAUGUAUCAUGGAGGCCUAACGUAUUAACAGUACGAUUUUAUAA